AAACAUGGAGCAGGACAAUAUUUCACCACUGCAGCACUUUGUGGUGGCAAAGAGGACAAUCAGUGCUGUGUUUCAUCUGCUGUUGGAGUUUGUUAGAGAUUGUUCACAUUUUGUAGAAGAGACAUGGAAGAGUGAGGAUCUUGAGCAUGUAGCUGAGGAAAAACAGUGUCUGCAGAUCCAAGCCUGCUCCAGGAAACUAACCGUCAUCAAAGAUGUGCUAGCCUGCAGACAUAUGAAGGUGGCCUUCUUUGGCAGGACCAGUAAUGGAAAGAGUACAGUAAUUAAUGCCAUGCUAAGGGAACGGGUUCUGCCCAGUGGAAUCGGCCACACCACUAACUGUUUCCUGAGUGUGGAGGGCACAGACGGGGAACAUGCCUACCUUACCACUGAGGACUCUGAAGAGAGUAAAAGCAUUAAAACUCUGCUUCGAAAGGAGAAGCACUUUUUCCACAAAGUGAAUGAACGCAUAUCAAAGCCCAACAUUUUCAUCCUAAAUAAACAUUGGGACGCGUCUGUCUUAGAGCCAGAGUAUCUGGAAGAUGUGCGGAAGCAACACAUGGAUCGCUGUGUCAGUUUCUUAGUGGAGGAGCUAAAAGUAGUGGACCUUAACAAGGCACGUGAACGCAUCUUCUUUGUUUCUGCCAAGGAGGUGUUGAGUGCCAGGAUUCACCGCGCCCAGGGAAUGCCAGAGACUGGCGGUGCUUUGGCCGAAGGAUUCCAAGAGCGACUGAUGGAGUUCCAGAGUUUUGAAAGAACAUUUGAGGAAUUUAUAUCACAGUCUGCUGUGAAGAACCAAGGUUCUCUCACUCAGAGCAAAACCAUUUUGUUCUUUAGCAUGGUAUUUUGUUGUUGUUACAAAUAGAAUGUUCUGCUUUUUAAAUCUCUGUAAAUGCAUAGAGUGUUCUCACUAGAAGAGCGUGAGGAUCUAAUGGAUCAGCUGGAGUUUGUGCGAAAUCAGCUUAGUACCUCCACCAGUAAAAUACUUAUUUUGGUUGAGUAGUGUCUGUAUCUAACUUCAUGUUUUCUACAUUGCCUGUCUGUUCUUGUGGAUGAAUUCUGCUCUGAUUUUAGCCCUGCCCAGAAUGCCUUAGCCCUGUACAAAACUAAGCUCAUGGCCUAUGUGGAGGAGAGAAUGGUGAAGAAUUUGGACUUGCGCUGUUCCAGCAGUAUAAAUAGCUACGUGCUGUCAUCUCAGAGAGACAUCAUGAACACUCUACGUCCUCUGAUGCCCCCUGCUGCACGAGGUCAACUACACCUCCCCAACAGGAAGUUCAGUAUUACCUAUGACCUGAACUUUGCCACCCUCUGUGAAGACUUUGAGGAGGACAUGGACUUUCAUUUCUCACUGGGUCUUACAUUCUUGGUGAACCGUUUCCUGGGGCCUGCUAAAGCAAAACAAGCAUGUAAUAUGCUUUGUCCACAGGUCACCUCUUCCUCUGCUCCCUUGGGAACCAAGCCCCAGGAGGAGUUGGCUAUCUCCAUGGCAACAGGGUUGGUCUCUCUCACGUCCAGAGCAUCAGUUGGCAUGCUGGUCAUUGCAGGAAUGGUGUGGCGUUCUGUGGGAUGGAGGGUUAUUUUACUCUCUGCGAGUCUCGACAGUUUGCUAUACCUGUAUGAAAGGCUGACCUGGACCAACAGCGCUAAAGAGAGGGCGCUUCAGCAGCAGUUUGUGGACUUUGCCACUCAAAGACUGCAGCCCAUUUCACACAUUAUCAGCAGUGACUGUGGGCAGCAGGUGCAACAGGAGAUGGUGGCCGUCUUUGCCCGCAUGUGCCAACAGGUUGACAAGAGCGAGAUGGAGCUUGAAACAGAGAUCCGCAGACUCAGCGCCAGGAUUCAGCGCCUGGAGAAUGUCCAGAGACACUCCAAAACCCUCAGGCAUAAAGCCACUGAUAUGGAGUCACAACUGGAGUCUUUUUCAGCACAAUAUCUGCAGAUUCAACAUUAACCAGAGCAGCAAGAAAAACUGUGGAUGAGUAAGACUGUCCUCCAGUGUUCAGUGCUGGAACAACCCAACGCCUGCUGAAUGAAAAAUUACACUGAAUCUAAAAGAUUUAUUUCAGUUCAAGAAGUCCAGAUUCCUCUUUGACAAACAACUAAUUGUAGCAAAGUAAUAGUGUAGACAAUCUCUUGAUGAAAAGCAUUUAUUGGUUAUGACAACAAAUAGUAACAGGUUUUACUGCCACUGUACGAAUACAAACAAAUUCUGUUAAUAAAAAAAAAAAAAAA